AUGAUCAAGGCUCUCGUCGCUCUCACCUUUACUGGUGUCGCCAUGGCGGCACCCUGCCCCUCGACUUUCCGCAUCCACCCCGAGGGACACGAUGACUAUUGCGUCACUGUCGCGAAGACCACGGACAAUCCUGGCCCGGCCUACGUCUCUGGAAGUUCGAAACUCCCCCUGGCACAACAGACAUGCACCACAUCCGCACCGCCGAUGCCGCCGCAGGGCAGGGCUCAUGUCUUGCCGCUGAGAUCUGUGAGACGGCUUUCUCGAUUCGAAGAGCUAACAGCAGACCGCGUCGAGGGUGCGUACAACGGUCGCCAGCUUGCGCUUUCUGGAUCUGUCUGCUUCGAUGUCCGCGACGGCAACGUGAACGGCGGCGCUCUGCAGAUUUGGUACUGCACCGACGGCAACACCAACCAGAUGUGGAACUUGGAGAGCUAUGGCACCCACUAG